UGAUAAAAAAGAAAGCAUUGUGGUUAAGUAUAAAAACUCCAUUACGGAAAUGUUACGAUCAGGACAGUGCUAUUCAUGUUAUCUUUGUUAGUUUAAAGCGAUAAAUAUUUUAGUCAAUUGAAAUCUUACUUUUUAACGAUCUUUGUUGCGGAGUGAAAUGGGCGGAGUCAAACUGGAGUAUAAUCAAGAUGGCCACCUUCAGUGAGAGGAUGGCACCUGUCUUGGUACUCUGGCUGGCUUUGUGCCUCUGUGAGACGUGGGCUGUGGACAGAGGCAACUUCAAGACCUGUGACCAGAGUGCUUUCUGCAAGCGUCAGCGAGCGCUCAAGCCUGGUGAGUCUCCCUAUCGAGCCCUGCUGGAGACCAUGGAGCUGACAAACACAAGGCUCACUUUGCAGCUCAUCAAUGACAACAAUAAGGUGCGUCUGCUGCUCGAGCUCUACCGUCUCCAGGGAAACAUGACAAGGGUGAAGAUUAACGAGCUGAAGCCGCUGAAGCCUCGCUAUGAAGUCCCUGACGUACUUAUCAGGGAGCCACCUACUGAGCCCCUGUCUCUCUUGUCUCAGGACGAGAACGGGGUGGUGCUCUCCCUGGGGGCGGAGUCUCAGAGGGUCAUCGUCAGCGCCCGGCCCUUCCGACUGGACAUCAUGGAAGGGCGAGAUGUGCUGAUGUCGCUGAACUCUCGCGGCCUGCUGGCCUUUGAGCACCUGAGGAUGCGCAAGGACACUUUCUCCUAUAAAGUAACUAGCACAGUUGCUAGCGUGUGGGAUAAUAUCAAGAGGGUUUUCUCUAGUCAGGCAGACCCAGAGGCCGAGAAGAAAGAAGAGGCCGAUCCGGCGAACCAGGCCGAGACGGCAAAAGAAGAGGAAGAGAAAGUAGAAGAUGGGAUGUGGGAGGAAACGUUUAAAUCGCACUCGGACAGCAAACCUAAUGGUCCAUCUGCUGUUAGUUUAGACUUUUCUUUACCGGGUUUUGAGCACGUUUACGGCAUCCCAGAACAUGCAGACACCCUCAGACUCAAAACAACAGAUAAUGGAGAUCCGUAUCGGCUCUACAAUCUCGAUGUCUUCCAAUAUGAGCUGUACAACCCUAUGGCCCUUUAUGGCGCUGUACCGGUCAUGUUGGCCCACAACACUCAGCGGACCACAGGCAUUUUCUGGCUCAAUGCUGCCGAGACCUGGGUAGAUAUCAGCUCCAACACAGCUGGAAAGACUGUGUUUGGGAAAAUGCUGGAUUAUGUGCAGGGAUCCAGUGAGACGCCGCAGACGGAUGUGCGUUGGAUCUCUGAAAGCGGCAUCAUUGAUGUCUUCAUAAUGCUCGGACCAACACCCAAAGACGUCUUCUCUCAGUAUGCCUCUCUCACAGGCACCCAGGCUUUCCCUCCCCUAUCAGCUGUGGGCUACCAUCAGUGCCGCUGGAACUACAACGACCAGGAAGACGUGCAGGCGGUGGAUGCUGGCUUUGACGAGCACGAUAUCCCCUAUGACUAUAUCUGGCUUGACAUUGAGCACACGGAUGGCAAGCGCUACUUCACCUGGGAUCCACACAAGUUUGCAACGCCAAAGGAGAUGCUGCAGGGUCUUAUGGACAAGAAACGCAAGAUGGUGGCCAUUGUGGACCCUCAUAUCAAAGUAGACAGCAACUACAAGAUCCAUAAUGAAAUCCGCUCUCGUGGUUUUUAUGUCAAGAAUAAAGACGGUGGAGACUACGAGGGCUGGUGCUGGCCUGGAAGUGCCAGCUAUCCAGACUUCACCCGUGCAGACAUGAGGGCCUGGUGGGCCAGCAUGUUCGCCUAUGAUCAGUAUGAGGGUACCAUGGAGAACCUGUAUACGUGGAACGACAUGAACGAGCCAUCAGUGUUCAACGGACCAGAGGUCACUAUGCAUAAGGACGCAGUGCACGGAGCCUGGGAGCACCGUGAUGUGCACAACCUCUAUGGCCUCUAUGUGCAAAGGGCCACAGCGGAGGGUCUGAUCCAGAGGUCGGGAGGAGUUGAGCGACCGUUUGUCCUGACCAGAGCCUUCUUUGCUGGGUCCCAGCGUUACGGCGCUGUUUGGACAGGAGAUAACGCUGCAGAGUGGGACCAUCUGAAGAUCUCUAUCCCCAUGUGUCUGAGCCUGGGCCUGGUGGGAAUCUCUUUCUGUGGUGCUGACGUCGGUGGUUUCUUCAAGUCCCCGAGCACUGAGCUGCUGGUGCGUUGGUAUCAGACCGGUGCGUACCAGCCGUUCUUCAGAGCCCACGCCCACCUGGACACGCCCCGUCGCGAGCCCUGGCUGUUCGGUCCAGAGAACACUGCGCUGAUCCGCGAGGCAGUGCGUCAGCGCUACACCCUCCUGCCCUACUGGUACCAGCAGUUCUACCACGCACACCAGACUGGAGAGCCCAUCAUGAGACCGCUGUGGGUGGAGUAUCCUCAGGAUCCUGCUACUUUCGCUGUGGAUGACGAGUACUUGAUCGGGAGAGACUUGUUGGUGCACCCAGUUACUGAGGAGGGAGCCAGGGGAGUCACUGCCUACCUACCAGGCAAAGAUGAGGUUUGGUUUGACGUCCACACUUUCCAGAAGCACAAUGGAGCCCAGAAUCUUUACAUCCCCGUCACCAUGAGCUCCAUCCCUGUGUUCCAGCGUGGCGGCUCUAUUAUUCCCAGGAAGCUUCGGGUUCGCAGAUCCUCCAAAUGCAUGGAGCACGAUCCCUACACUUUAUUUGUGGCCCUUAACUUCCAGAGAACUGCAGAGGGGGUGCUCUACAUAGACGACGGCCACACCUUCAACUAUGAAAAGAAGGAUUUCAUCCACAGGAGACUGUCUUUUGCCAACAACAUCCUCUCCUCUGAUAACUUGGCUCCAGAUGCCCAGUUUUCCACUCGCUCUUGGAUCGAACGCAUCGUCAUAUUGGGUGCCAGUAAGCCCAGCAAGGUUACCCUUAAGACUGCUGAUGGUCAGGAGAGCCAGCUGGAGUUUGAGUUUGAUGCCUCCAUGUCAGUGCUGACCCUGCGUAAGCCAGGCAUGAAUGCAGGGGUGGACUGGACUGUUACUCUUCAGUAACAGUGGAGUCGCAGGAGCCGGAGGAGAAGAUGACUGAACUGGACUGAGCAGGAGGAGAGAACCCAUAACAAGGCGCUGAUACCUACAGCUAAUUAAAGCAAGACAACAGGAUAGCCACCAUGGAAAAUAAGACAUAAGCACACACACACAACACAUGCUUAAACCCAUGUAGACCUGUUAGUCAAACUGAGCCACAUGUCUUUGCCAUGUCCCUCUUCUGUUUAGUCACACUGUAAUAACUGACAAAAAAGGUUACUGCUAGAUAGAUCAUCGUGUUUGUCACAUUUUUCAGAUAGAUGACAACUGAACAACUUAAAUCUUGUCAUUGUAUUGGAUCAUUGUGGUUGAGAAAGACACUUUUUUUUUCUUUUUUGUCCACUUGGUUGUCCAUAAAGUCUGCCUCAGACAAAAGAUCACUGUGGGGAUUUUUUUGUUUGUUUUUUUCCCAAUUUAAAAUGAAGGUUCACAUUCAAAGCACGCGCUCCACCUGCUGGUGAUUCCCCCUUAUCUGUUUCUGACUUGACACCUUCAAAAAUUCAUUCCAUCCCCCUUUUAAGCCAAGCACUUCAAUCAACUAAGCACUCGACUGUCUUUAUUCAUGUCACAUUUCAUAAAUUCGGGGAGGUUGUUAAACUGAGAGGGGAUUUUCUGUUCUUCUGAACAAACUUGGCAAUGGGAAUCACUUCAGGGGGGCUGAACCACUGAUGUUUGUGGAUCAUCCUGUCAGCGUGCUUUCUGUGUUUUAUCGAGUUUGUUUUCUCAGCCUUGUUUACUAGAUUAUUUUUAAUGCACUUGAGGAAGAGUGAGAACUUAUAAGUUUAGACUUUCAUGUAUUACUAGAUGUGAGAUGAAGACUGUCCAGGAUUUCCAGCGUGUCUAAUGUUUCAUUAAAAAGUACCCAUUUUCUAUAGUUUAUACAAAAGGAAAUUCUAAAUGCAUACUGAGCAGGUGUGAAUAAUCAAGUGAUUCUCUGGACAUCGGAUUGAGUCCUGACUAGUCAAAUCAUCCCACCUUUUAGCAGUUUUGUCGUUCUUUGAUUUUGUCUCCUUGAUUGUUUUUAUGAUCAUAAAUGUCCAUGUUGCUACAAUUUUGUUGGUAUUGGCUUGAAGUGGUGGAAAUGCAAGUUUCAGCUGUCAAUCAAAUUUGUCAGAUGUACUCUAAAAGAUGAGACCAAGUGAAAAUAAAGUUGACCAAAUGUA